AUGAAUUUCACGGAGCUGUCACGCCAAUGUGGUUUCAACGCUGAAGAAUUUGAUGUGAUAACUGAAGAUGGCUAUAUAUUAAAGCUCUUCCACAUACGGGGGAAGAAGAAACCGGUACUCUUGGUGCACGGAAUAGGCGACACUUCGAACACUUGGGUCCUCAGAGGCAACAAGUCCUUGGCUAUAGCCCUGGCGCGCGAGGGCUACGACGUCUGGACUGGCAACGUCAGGGGCAACCGAUAUGGAAGGAAGCAUGUCCAUCUCAAUCCGGACACAGACGAGACUUUUUGGGAUUUCAGCUUUCACGAAAUAGGUUACUACGACUGGCCGGCGAUGAUCGAUCGAGUUUUGAAAGAAACUAAUGAAACUAAACUCUGUGCAAUUGCUCAUUCGCAAGGAUCAACCUCUUUCUUAGUGCUAUCGUCUCUAAGACCAGAAUACAAUCAGAAAAUAGAAUUGCUAAUUGCUCUGGCCCCGGUGGCAUUCCUCGACCAUACUGGACCAGUUGUAGCAUCGUUGGUGAAGAGAGGGCCCGUUAUCCUUACAACAUUAAAAACUCUACGGAUAAAUGAGUUAUUUGCUGAUCAUAAUGCAGAGAAGAAAUUAAUAGAACUGCUUUGCUCUCAAGGAGUAUUAGGAGAGAAUAUCUGUUCAGUCGUACCCUUGGGUAUGAUCGGUGGUUACAAUCCGGAUGGCAUAGAACUAGAAUUCGUUUCGGUCAUUUUUAAUCAAUACCCAGCAGGCACUUCUCGAAAGGCCUUAGAGCAUUAUACUCAGAUAUUUUUAAGCGGUAAAUUUGCGCAAUUUGACUAUGGACCGGUGAAGAAUCGACGAGUUUAUGGAAAUGUAACACCACUAGAAUACGAUUUGAGUAAAAUAAUACCAGCAAGAAAAUGGCGACGUACGGUGAUGUCGCUGCUGUCAUAUCUGCUGCUGGUCAGGGCAGUCGGAAGAUUCCGACUGCCCUGA